AUGGGAAGGGAAGGAGGCAAGGGAAGGCAAGAAGGGAAAGGAAGGGAAGGGAAAAAGGGGAAGGAAAGGGAUGAAGGGAAGGGAAAAAGGGAAGGGAAAGGAAAGGAAGGGAAAGGAAAGGAAGGGAAGGGAAAAAGGGAAGGAAAAGAAAGGGAAGGGAAGGGAUGCAGGGAAGAAGGGAAGGGAAUGGAAGAAGGGAAGGAGGAAAGGAGGGAUGGGAAGGGAAAGGAAGGGAAGGGAAGAAGGGAAGGGAAGAAGGGAAAGGAAGAAGAAGAUGAAAAGAAAGAAGGAGGGAAGGAGGGAAGGGAAGGGAAGAAGGGAAAGGAAGAAGGAAGGGAAGGGAAGGGAAGAGAAGAAAAGAAUGGAGGGGAAGGGAAGGAGGAAGGGAAGGGAAAGGGAAAAGGGAGGGAAGGGAAGGAGGGAAGGGAAAAAGAGGGAAGGGAAGAAGGAGGGAAGGGAAGGGAAAAAGGGAAGGGAAGGAGGGAAAGGAAGGGAAGGGAAAGAGGCAAGGGAAGGCAAGAAAGGAAAGAAAGGGAA